GAGAGAGAGAGAGAAAAAGAAGGUUUUCAGUUACCCAAACUCUCACCAUCCCUCUGCAGAUAAUAACAGUUUUAGAGAGAGAAAGAGAGUAGCAGGACAACGAGACGAUGAUGAAGACAGUGCUGGCUUGUGGAGCCCCUCUGCGUUUUGCGCAACAGUUCAUUUCCUUCUCCCAGCACGCAUUCCUAGGUAUUCCUCACGCACUACUUCCUUAAAACCCUCGCCACAUUUCCACCCUCCCUCUCUCUCUAGACUCCCCCCCUUCUUCUCUCUCUCUGCGAUCGAUUUCGUUUUGAAGUUCUGAACCCCCGCGACGAGUUGACUCAACUGCGGGGGGUUGAAGUAAGCAAACACACAAACAAUGGAUCCGUGUCCGUUCGUGCGCAUAACCGUAUCCAACCUCGCCCUGAAGAUCCCCGUCGCCUCGAAAGCCGCUCGCUCCGUCGUCCACCCCUCCUCCUCCCCGUGCUUCUGCAAGAUCAAGCUCAAAACCUUCCCCCACCAAACCGCCGUCGUUCCGUACAUCCCGCCGGAACACCACUCCCCGGACCACUCCCAAGCCCCCGCGGCAUCCUUCCACCUCAGCAAGUCCGACCUCACGAAACUUGCCGGGAAAUCUCUCUUCGCCGGAAAGCUUCACCUCAAGAUCUACAUCUACACGGGGCGGAGGGGGAGCACGUGCGGGGUGAACUCGGGGAAGCUGCUGGCGAAGGUGAGGGUGCCGUUGGACUUAACGGAAGCGGAGGCCAGGGCUUGCGUGUUUCACAACGGGUGGAUUUCGGUGGGGAAGGACGUGAAGGGGCCGAGCGCUUCUCGAUUCCAUGUGAAUGUGAAGGCGGAGCCUGAUCCGAGGUUCGUGUUUCAGUUCGACGGGGAGCCCGAGUGUAGUCCUCAGGUGUUCCAGAUCCAGGGGAGUAUUCGGCAGCCGGUUUUCACUUGCAAGUUCAGCUUUCGAAGCAACGUUGAUCGGAAUCAAAUAUCCAGAUCGUUGCAAUCCGAGGGCCACAGCUCAAGGGGGUGGUUAAGUUCAUUCGGAAGCGAGCGCGAGAGACCGGGCAAAGAACGCAAGGGCUGGUCAAUCACGGUCCACGACCUCUCCGGCUCGCCCGUCGCGGCCGCGUCGAUGGUCACCCCCUUCGUCGCCUCCCCGGGUUCGGACCGCGUCUCCCGGUCCAACCCCGGCUGCUGGCUCAUCCUCCGCCCCGGCGACAACACCUGGAAGCCUUGGGGCCGCCUCGAGGCCUGGCGCGAGCGCGGCGGCGCCCACGACGGCCUCGGCUACCGCUUCGAACUCAUCCCCGACAACUCCGCGGCCGGCGUCGUUCUCGCCGAGUCCACCCUCAGCUCCACCAAAGGCGGCAAAUUCGUCAUAGACCCAGGCUCCGUAUCAUCCUCAACCAACGGGAGGUCGACACCUGUAAACGCCACGUCACCGGGGUGCAGCCCGAGGGGGAGCGGGGACUACGGGUACGGGCUGUGGCCGUAUUGCUUGUACAGAGGGUUCGUGAUGUCGGCCGACGUGGAAGGGGAGGGGAGCAAGUGCGGUAGACCCACGGUGGAGGUGGGCGUGCAGCACGUGAGCUGCACGGAGGACGCGGCGGCGUUCGUGGCCCUGGCGGCCGCGGUUGAUCUGAGCAUCGAUGCGUGCAGGCUUUUCUCGCAGAAGCUGCGGAAAGAGCUCUGCCAGCCGCAAGAAUUGUUGUUCUCGUGAUGGGGUGGAAAAUGCUUGGAAUCUUUUCUUAAGGUUUUAGGAAUCUUUGUUAACGUUGUGUUUGUUUGUUAUCAGUACUGACAAACAAGUUUUUGCAGGGGUUUUUGUACAGUAGAGAGAGCGGGGAGAGGGGGAUUGGCAAGGCACGCCUUGGUUUUAGUUGUGUGGCUUGUGUAAUCUUUGUUUUUUUUUUUUGUUGCUACUACUAGUAGUAGUAGAGUAGUAUUUUCUUGUAGGAGGGUGAUUUUUGGUUAAAGUCUCGUUUCGUUAAAAUUUUUAUUUUGUGCGUAUUAUUCGCUUUAAGAGACAGGUCAUUCUCUCAUAAUAUAUCAUCUUUCAUUCCCUUGGCGGAGCAGGGCUUAACCCCGUUGUUUUGUUUUUUGGAUAAUACUGUAUUUGUAGGAAGCUGACUCUGGUUAAAGCGAAAUUGAAAUUGUUUAGGCUGAAAGU